AUGGUAUCCGCGGGUAUUAAAUGGGAUGCGUUGCAGUUCAGCUGCAGGCUGACUUUAGUGCUGGAUGCCGAGCAGCGUUUGGCACAGGUGGAGGAGUUUUCAUCACAGACCCAGAUUAACUCCGGUGAAGUUGUUCCGCGCCUGCCAGUGCCGGAGGAGCAAUCUCCGUGUGGGAGAAGCGCCCGCCGCCCUCCCCUCCCGGCGCCGCUCGGCCGAACAAAGGCGGCAGCGGCGGCGGGUCCCCUUUGCGCGCCGCGGGCCGGGCAAGGGCCGAGCCCAGCGCCUGCCCCGGGCUCCCGGCCCGACCCGACCCGGCCCGGCUCGGCAGCGGGUCAGCGGGAGGAAGCGCUGGCUGCGCGGCGGGCGGGCGGCUGCCAGCGGCCCCGGCCCUCCCCGCCCCCGUCUCCUCCCCUCGGCCGCCAUCCUCCGCCCCCUCCGCCUUCCCCUCGCAGCGGCGGCGGCGGCUCGCUCGGCCCCGGCUCCUCGCGGUUCUCCGCGGCUUCGCCUCGCUGCUCUCCGGGGCUCCCGCGCCGCGCUGCCCAGGACGGCAUUGCUGCAGGGAGCCUCUGGGAGUUCCAAGGUGAAGAGAUCUGCCUUCAUCUGGAGGCCUCUGCUAAAGGUGGAGACUUAACAGGCCAGACAGCCUUAGCAGGAGUUCAGAAGUCUUACACCAAGAAUCCUCUGGAGCAUUACAUUCUCCCCUGUUUGGAGUGCAGACAAGAGUUUGGCAUUCUGCUUUUACAGAUCGCUGCCGCUCGCUCGUGGAGCGCAGAGGGGACGGCGAGACUCCCACAUCUUUCAGCGAGAAGAAAGGAGCCAGCGGAGCAGACUAAUAGGGACUUGUGUCGGGUGCCCUUGCCCUACAAAGGCUGCCUUUAA